UGACAAUACGGGGAAACCCCAAGUCCCUAACUGAUGAAAUGGAAGCUCACGCACGCGCAUAGCCGACCAAAAGUUCCAGUGAACAGGUUCGUUUGAACAGGGACCAUAUUCAAGAUGUCAGACAACGUGCUGAAAUAUUUUGGACUUCAGCCAAUUACUGAUGAAGGAAUUCAGGCGGUCAUCUAUGGGGAAACGGUACCCACCUCAGCAACACAAAAACUGCACAAGUGGCUAGCUCUCCUUCCACCGAAUAUACGUCAACUCAUAGAUGAUGCAAGGGAACAGAAGCGACCCUUUCUACCACCCGAAGCCACACCUGAGAUGAUGACCGCUGCAAAUGAUAGAAUCUCAUCAAUGAAUCAGAUGGAAGUAUUGUAUAGGUGCAUAGAUCUGGCAAUAGAAGCUGGAGAUUUCAAGAUGGCCGCCUGUAUUGCCUUUACCGUGGACCGGGCCUCCUACUGGUCUGGGACGUCCAAACCUCUGCUGCAAAUUGUGGAGUUUAUAAAGGAGAAAUGUCCGGAGGUGGCCAUCGCUCCUCAGAUCCAAGUGAGGAAAGCCCGGCUCUUGAAGGACGAGGGGGACCUCCAUGGAGCUAUCAAGAUCCUCAACCAAGUCCUCAUUAGACCCCAGGGGAAUCCAGGGGAAUGGAGGUAUGCCGAUGAUGACCAGUAUGUCACCACAAAGGCAGAGGUCAUCAAGAUCAAGGGCAAUAUUAUGCACAAUCUAGGUAUGAUGAAAGAAGCUGUCGAGCCUCUGUUGCAAUCAAUCCAACUGUUUGCCUCUCUGAGGGAACAGGACGACAAGGGUAUAGCAUCGUGUCUCGGGCUGCUCACCAGAUGUCUGGGAAGAUUGUCACUGAACGACUACGAUGAAGUCCGACAUAGAUUUCCCGAGGACUUUGAGUCCCAGCAUCCCUGUCACCAGUCCUACUUGACCGGCAUUGAAGCUGUCCGCUACAUUCUGACUAUUGAUGAGAGCCUGUACCGCUCCAAGCAUCAGCUGGAUGCGGAUGUUUCACUGUUGAAAUAUGCCAUCCUACGACCUUCUGUCCAAGAGGAAUACAAGUUGUUCCAGACAGUUCUGAAGGAGAUGAAGUCCUGCUUGAGUGCACACAAGACCGUCUCAGCACUGAGGAGUGUGGAACAGUUCCAUGAAUUUGUCCGCGCUCUAUUCAUGAUCAGCCUCACUCUGUCACUCACCCCUGUUCAGCAGGACCGAGACCUAGCCGAGUACCUGCAGCAGCUGAGCAUGGAGUUAUACCUGCAUCUAUGUAGCCAUCAAGCUGCUGGUCAGGCGGCCCAGCUGGACCAUACAUCGAGGACAGUGAAGAUUAUGAACUUGUCUUUAGCAAUCCUUGAUCUUCCUAAGCUUGAAGGGAAGGUUGCCGGGAAUGACAGCAUGGGUAGGCAACAUAAUGGGGAUACAUCCCAGAUGCAAGAUGGGUCUCAGAAGGAAGAAGAGGGAUUUCCGGGAGGAGGGGCCUCUCAGAAUGGAGGUGUGUCCCCGCAGCAAGGAGAUAUGGUCCAGGCUGUGGAUGGGGCGAGGUCAUUAGCCAAGCAUGGAUCGACCUCAGUGGAAGGGCAACUUGGAGGGAAGUGCAGAUCAAGAGAAGCAGAAAUAUGUGGUGUUACCCCUUCUUUGGGAAGAGCAGAGACAGAGCCCUCUAGAGGAUCGUCAUUCCAAAGCCAUAAGCCAGAAUACACGGAUAUCCAAACAGAAACAAAUGAAUCUAUGGUGAUCUAUAGGCGAAGGAAGGAAACGACCCCGAGAGCCUGGACGUACGGUUUCCAGCAGGCAUCCCUCGGCAGUGAAGAGACACCUCAAGGCUGUUACACCUAUCCCCUGAUGACUCCAGGCAGGGUUGUGGAUCCUAAGAAGCAGUGGCAGAUAUAUAAGCAUAAAUGUGUAGGUCUUCCUGUGGAUCCAGCUUUCUUCUCCUCCCCGGUUCCUUGUAGAGGUACCCAGGACCCGGACGAUGCAUCUUCCUCAGUUCAUAGAAAGGACCUUGUGAAUUUAUCAGUACCGUAUGUUACCCAAACUGUUGAAAGCAGAGAAAGCACUGGGGAAGGGAAACAGAUAACCAACAAGAAUAGUUUGGUGGACCAGGAUGCUACAACGAAGCCAUCCGAAACAUGUGAAGAUGUUAACAGAUUAUUCCUCCACCCCCACGACAUUCCCAAUCAGCCAAUGAGAAGCGAGGAAGACAGGAAGAAAAGACAGUUGAAUGAGAAUACUGAUAUUCCAGAGUUACAGCCCCUUGUUGACCUUUCAAGGACAACAUUGACCGAUUCUUUUGUAGAAAUGGAUCUUGGCGAGAGCAUCUCAACGGAUGAUCCGGCAGAGUACCUAAGCAACUGGCGUCCACCCCUGCCACAGCCGGAAUCUCCCGCAGAUAAGCUCCGAAGGUCAUUCCUGCUGACAUACAACCCCGCCACUGGUGACUGGACAGCACAGAGUACUCUGGUAUAUAUUGGGAAGACGCUUGAUCUGGAAGAGGGGAAGAGAGGACACUGCCGAGAUGCCUACCACGUUCAGUUCCUGCACCAAGAGGAACCCAGAGGACGAUACGUGGGCAAGAGGUACAGGUCUCCACAGAACCACUCUGUAACACGCUACAUGCAGGAUGUGGUGUGUCAGAUGAUGGCUGGACACUAUGUCCUCAAGUUCAACGAGAUCCUGCAGAACUACCAGCGAGACAUCCAGGUCCAGUUCCUUCCUGCAUCCCACCUUCAGUUGCUGACACCGGACGGACGCCUGGAGGACUGCAUCAACGUGGAACCCUACCUCCACGGCGACUUCAUAAAACUCACCAACAACUUGGCCUUCUCCAACAAGAAGGAACAUCGCGGGGAGGAACUGGCCACGGCCUUGACCCACUUCUCCUUCUGCGAGUCCAAGGGCACGCUGAUGAUCGUGGACAUCCAAGGCUGGCUGGAAGUGAGGACAGUGGCGUCAUCUACCUCACCGACCCACAGUUCCAUACAAGCGGCAUGGAGAAGUUUAGUCCGUAUGAUCAUCAAGAGAAAGGCAUGAAUAGGUUCUGGUCAGAGGUCCACCCUGUAUGCAAUGACAUGUGCAAGGCUGCUGGGCUAAGUCGACCUGACCAGUCAUCAACCGUCUACAUCAGAGUGAGUGAGUGACUUGUGGCGAACUCUGCUUUUAACAGUACUCCAGUCAUAUCACGGCUUGUCAGAUUACUGUGUCUAGGCCAAAUAAAAAAAAUGUUGUGGUUCCGAUUACACAUCUUUAAAAUUUAGGGUAGGUAGGUAGGAUUUUUAU